ACUAUCGAUAAAUUUGUCGUCGGUUUCACACCCCUAGUUUUGUCGUUCGUGUGUGAGUGUCACUGACUUUUGACAAAUGAUAGCAAUGGAUGAGCAACGCGGCGACAAAAUCUAUGGCGGGGUCGAGGGGCCGGACGCCAUGUACGUGAAGCUGAUUUCCUCGGACGGCCAUGAAUUUGUUGUAAAACGCGAGCACGCUCUUACCUCCGGCACAAUCCGGGCGAUGUUGUCCGGACCGGGCCAAUUUGCCGAGAAUGAGGCCAACGAAGUGCAUUUCCGUGAGAUACCAUCCCACGUUCUACAGAAGGUCUGCAUGUACUUCACAUAUAAAGUUCGCUACACCAAUAGUUCUACCGAAAUUCCCGAAUUCCCGAUCGCACCCGAGAUCGCAUUAGAACUCUUGAUGGCAGCCAAUUUCCUAGACUGCUAAAUUAUAAUUGAAUAAUUUGAAUUUACAUUAUGAUUAAUUGAACGGAAGGCCAGUGUGCCUGUGUUAAUUUCUAAUGAAACGAAGAAUGUCCUUGUAUGCGAAACGAAAAAAAAUUAAAAAUAAAAAUAAAUUUCUGUUGAUUUCCAAAAACCUCAAAAAACAAA